AGAUGGCAACAAUGAAUGUUCAAUUCCUUCUCAAAACAUUGGCAUUGUACGGCCUUCUCACCGUCGCUUUAUCCCGCGAUGUGAAAUGGCCGACCGCGGAUCCGCCAUCGGCCGAGCCGCCGUCUGGCGUCGUCGUCCUAGACCCAAAGGAUCGCAACGUGAUAUACCUUGGAAAAAUGAGUGUGGACCAGCAUAACCUCAACCCAUAUGAACAUGAUUUAAUUUUUGAAUCUUUGAUGCAUGCCCAGUAUGAACACACGCCAAACGUCAUGGUACAUUGGGAUCUUGAACUCAAAGCACAAGAUGACGGUGUUUCUCAUCGCUACUUCGCAAGGUUGGAAUCCCAUGAUCUUCACAGUAAGAUACGGCUGAUAGAAUGGAGACAAUUAAACUAGCUAUAUUAUUGAUGUUAUAGUAUGUGAUUUCAUUUGUAUUCAGUUGCAAUGUAUUUCGAAUCUCAAACAAAAGUUGAGUUUAAACUUUAGAUCGUCA